GACUCAACAAACCGAUUAAUCCAUCAAGUGACCUAAGACUAUGCAGUAAAGAGGCGUUUUGCUCCCCAAGAAAGGGUUUUAUAUGACGGGAAGCAAUGUUUUUUGCAGCGUGUUACGAUUCGGUGCAGUUUCUGGACAAAUUCAGCUGAUGUGAGAAGUGUGUGUGUGUUUGUGUGUGAUGUAAUUGACCUCUACAUUCCAGGUGGCAUCAGUAUCGUUGCUUCAAAACGAGUGAUUAGUGAUUGACUGUGUGCUGGUGGCAUUUCCGUUCAGUUCAGUGGUGCGUACGUAUCAUUAAGGCAAAAAGCAGACCCCAUUGUGAAUGUCGACCUGUGUAGACUUGGCCGAUGGUUUCGUUUGGCAGCACUGGUCGUGAACUUGUCGCUGUGUUUCAGCACGUUGGUGGACAAUCGUGCCGGUGCUUAUGAUGCGCCCAGCAUGCAACCUGCAUCCGACGUUUGCUAGUAACGGCGUGCCACCGAUAGCUUGUGACCAGCUGCAGCAGAAAGGCGUGUAACUACUCGAUCUCGAUGGUGUUGUGUGUUGCGUACUGACGCAUCAGUGUCGUGCGGGUUACGGAUCAUCGAAGAUCAUGAUCUGAGACCCGGUCCGGUUUUCCUGGAUCGUCUAGUUGAAUCGUUUACCUGUGUGUGCGUGUGCGUGUGUGUGUGAGUGGGUCCCCAGCUCGCUAACCCUCUCCACCUACACUGCUAGGCGCCGAACAGCGGCGUUAGUGGUCAGUUUUCGGGCGCCGAGCGGGAUUCUAGCAGCCAAAAAAUUUCCCAAAACAGCUAGUUGAAUGAGUAACAGUGCGAUGGUGGCCGUGGCGAUCUGCUGUAUAUUGGUACUGCUAGCCGUGUUUAUCGUGCUGAUCAUAGUGGUCGGUUCGACGAUGGGCGAACCGAAGUGAGAUAAGCUCCAACUGGGGCCAGGUCACUUCGCCGAUGGAUAGCCAAGGCCCCCCGGCUGUUAGAAUUUGGACGGAUUUUGUUCCACGGGUGCUGCCGCUACUGCUGCCGUUGCCGACGGUGAUGGCGACGGCGGGGCGGGUAGUGGCCGCGACGAGUGUGCUCACCAACAUCACCAAUACCACCGCCAGCAGCACCGAUCCCACCCGUACUGUGUCCGGCCCGCGGGUACGCUCCCGUGGCCAGUAGCCGUAGCAGGUGCGUGUAUUUUGGAGCGUGUGUCCACCAUCAUUACCAUCCCCAGCGUUACGCUAUCGAGACGGUAGAACCAAUGGCGUAACGGUCCGUUUAGUGCGUGCAAAACCAUCGCAAACGGUAGAAGCGCGAGUGUGAACCUCCCACCACCCGUCCCGACCACCACCAGGCACAACCGACGUGCGACGUGCGUACGAACCAGCGCAGUGCAGAGAGCAUGAUAGCGGAAUGUACUACAGCAGCGAAACGGAACCUUCCGGCAGUUGGACGUAGUUGUUGACGAUCGCGAAGCAGCUCGGGAGGAAGCUACCGGAAGGGACACCAUAACAUCCAGGAUCACCUCACGAAGUGUGUUGAUGUUGGGCGUAAUGAAGAGUACCGGAUCUUCGAACAGUGACUCCCUCCUCUGGAGUGCUGUUUCCUUACACAAGCUUCCCGGCCCUGUGGAUGGAAAGCAAAGCAACACAGAAUUGAAACACUGAAUUUCCACGCUAGAUCUUCCCUUCCAUCCCUUCCCAUUUCUCUCUGUACCACGCUUCUUCCAAACACUGCGUAGCUCAACCGCCGUAGAGUGAAACAGCCAAUACACCCAAACGUACGCUUGUUGCACCGAUCGCACCGCUCUCGACUAAAGAAACAAAACAACAACAACAAAACGGGCACACACUUUGUUCAUACUGCGUUCAACACGUGAAACGAAAUACACACGACACACGAGCAUGGAAUAAAAUCUUACACACCAAUUCUACACAGCCGUCUAAGAGGGGGCACCAACCGAAUAAAAUAAAAAACAAAAAAAAUAAAUAAACCAAAAACAGAAAAAGGCUAAUCAAACACACAAACAAAAAGCUGAAAAUACCUUUUCAAAAAAACGAAAGAAGAAAACAAAAGCAGCAAAACUACGCGAAAAACGUUAAGUGCGCCUACGACGAGAGAAGAUGGCAGGCAAGAACAACAGCAAAUGAAAAAGAUAAGCGUACACAUAAAACACAUCUAUCUAGUGCAGCAAACAAGCAAAAACACUUAAUGCUACUUUAAAAAACAAAAACUUACUUCUAACUACUAAAGAGACUUAGCGAUACUUAGAUUCUUGUGCACGUGAGCGUGCUUUGCGGUGCGGCGAAAAAAGAUCGAAUGUACCCGGGCCGGUGAAGCAAAACGAGACAGUGUAUUCUCGUUUAGAAGAAAGGUGAAACAAAUGGAACGCUCGAGAAAAGCCGUGUUACGUGUUACGAUUGGAUGUACGAAACUUGCGAAGAAUCUCACGAGAGCAGACACACACAAACACUCACACUCACAAACACAUGUACUUAGAGUUUUAAGUAGAGCCAUCCGGUAGCUUCCAGAAAGUAACAGUAAACGAAUGUAAGUGACGAUGUAUGGAGUGUUUACAAAUAUAAAAAAAGGGAAAAAUAUAAAAGAGAAUAAAAAACGAAAUAAAAACAAAAGCACAAAAGAACGAAAGGAAGAUAAUUCUUACGAAACAUUAUUAAUGAUUUAGUGCCGUAAUUUGAAUGCACCUUCGCAGAAAAUGUAACCGGGGCGAAUGGUGGGUUCGUGUGCUGGACAUUGCCCGACAACUAUGCUUUCAGUUUGAGUAAAAAACAAAAAAAAACAAUGCUCCGGGUUCGUGGGAAAAGUAAGAUUCUGCGAGCAUCAACGCGCACUAACGAACACAUAUCGUUAAAUAGCAAGAACAGUAUAAUGAGGUUGAAUUAAUAAACGCGUAAUAACACAGUGUUACAGACAGGAAUACAUAACUAAAACUAAUAAACAAAACAUGUACAAUGGAUGGAAGAAUGAAAGCAGUUCGGCACAAGGUGGUAAUAAACGAGCCAACAAGGAGCAGGAGCAGAUCCGUGCAGGGAAUGCAGUAAAAUGGUUCCGAUCAUCGGCAUCAAACCGAGUUCAUCGGCCAAUGAAACAGAGUAUGUGACGAACGGAAACGGUUAGCUUCUAUUCCGUUUUUACCAUUCACUAGGCUAGUGUGCUGAAGGGUCAUUCCGUUAUGUCCGGCGUGUAGGCUAGGGUGUUUGUUAAAGUUUGUGGUUUUUGAUAAAAAAAAAAUGAUGGAAAAGAUAAACCUUUGGGCAUUCUUCCCUUCCAAAAAAAAAAAAAAAACCCGCCGAAAGCAAUGUACGCCACUUGAUCGUGAGACACGAUCGGUUCAUUUUACUUUCCAAAAAAACUCCAAUGUAAUGUGGCAUGUGGACUGUGAGAGUGAGCGUGCCAAAACAUAUAAAACAGUGAACCAUAACCAAAACCAAAAACACAAGACGUGAAAGAUAACAAAUAGGUAAUAAAAAAAAACAACAACCGAACAUAACAAACAAAACAAAGAAGAAGAAAACAAACAAACCGAGGCGCGUGUAUGUGUG